GCGGGAGACGGCUGAGGGGAUCCCGGGGCGGGAGGCGGCGGCGGCGGCCGGGCGGGUCGGCAGGUAGGUGGGUGAUCGGGGCGGCGGUAAGAUGGCGGCGUAGCGGCUCUCCCUCAGCUCCCUUCAGAUCCCCGCCAUGAAGCUCAUCAUCUCAGAGACGUACGCGCAGGCCAGCGAGUGGGCCGCCAAGUACAUCCGCAACCGCAUCGUCCACUUCGGGCCCGGCCCCGGGAGGUUCUUUACGCUGGGGCUGCCCACAGGCAGCACGCCGCUGGGCUGCUACAAGAAGCUGGUGGAGUACUACAGGAAUGGAGACCUCUCCUUCAAGUACGUGAAAACCUUCAACAUGGACGAGUACGUGGGUCUCCCGAGGGAUCACCCGGAAAGUUACCAUUCCUUCAUGUGGAACAACUUCUUCAAGCAUAUUGACAUCUCGCCAGAAAACGUGCACAUUUUGGAUGGAAACGCACCUGAUCUGCAGGCAGAGUGUGACGCGUUCGAGGAUAAAAUCAAAGCAGCUGGAGGAAUCGAACUCUUUGUUGGAGGUAUUGGCCCCGAUGGUCACAUCGCCUUCAACGAGCCUGGGUCGAGCCUGGUGUCCAGGACACGCGUGAAGACCUUGGCUAUGGACACUAUAUUGGCUAAUGCCAGGUUCUUUGAUGGCGACCUCUCCAAAGUGCCCACCAUGGCCUUGACGGUGGGAGUGGGCACUGUCAUGGACGCCAGAGAGGUGAUGAUUCUCAUCACGGGAGCCCACAAAGCCUUUGCUUUAUACAAAGCCAUUGAGGAAGGUGUCAACCACAUGUGGACAGUGUCUGCUUUCCAGCAGCACCCCAACACCGUGUUUGUGUGUGACGAGGAUGCCACGCUGGAACUCAAGGUGAAGACAGUGAAAUACUUCAAAGGUCUCAUGCUGGUUCACAACAAGCUUGUGGAGCCCUUAUACAGCAUGAAGGAGACGGGAGCAGAAACAAGCCACUCCAAGAAGCCGUACAGCGAUUAAUCGCGCUGUUGGGAGUGGUGCUGAACCAGCUUUUCUGUUCAAAACCAGCUGUGAAGAAAGGGAAUUGCUGCAGAAACUCAUCUCCUAUUUGUUCUUAAAUUAGCAAAAUGAUUAAGUACUUGCUUCUCUCUAUUAAAAAGACAGAUGCCAAACACCUGCCUUAAUUAACCAAAUGAGGAUGGGAUCCAGUGUACUGCAUUCCACAAACUCCUGCUGCUGAUUUACUCACUGAAGGUAAAGUCAGUGGAGAGUGAGGUGUUGAAUCUACAAAGCAACCGUAAGGACAUAGACUGAAGGCCCCAAAACUUUAUUGUGAAAGUACAAUGUUGCAGAAACCAAACGAGUAACCACUUUGGGAUGUAUUCCUCACAAUCAGGACAAGUACCUUGUGUGUCAUUCCCCUUCCACAAAACGCUCAUUAAUCAUUUAAAAUGGGAGCUGAGCUUUUUCAGCCUGGAGAAAGGAAAGGUCCAGCACGAGCUGAGGGCAGCGUGUGUCACAGCUACGAGGAGGACAGCGGGAAGGUGAAGGCAGGCUCUCCUGGGCAGUGUGCAUGGGGAAGAUACGACGGGGCUUGAGUUAAGCCAAGAUGCUCAGACUGGAUCUAAGGAAAAGCCCUCCCCCAGAGGACAGGCCAGCAGUGGGGCAGGUUGCCCAGACUCUGGCCUUCAGAGAGGUUUUCCAGACCUGAUGGAUAAAGCCCUGGCUGAGCCCUGCUUCGAGCCAGAGGUUGGACUCGAGACCAUCUCAGCAAAAGGGAGGGCACAGCUGUUCAGCAGCGCUGUUAAUAAUUAGUGCCAUUAAUGGUUAGUUUGCACAUCUAUGGGAUUUUGUUUGUUGUCACCCAAGAAGCCUUACACGUUCAGUUUCAGGGUAUGAUUCCAUAUCCCCUGGUGCUUGGUGACGUGCUGCAGGAGGGUAGAUUUGUUCCGUGAAGCAUAAAUAACCUCUCUCUGCUGCUCCAUUAUCCGCGUCGGCGCAGAGCCUGAAGCAGCAAGAUCUCUCUCCCGCCUUCCCCUGCUCUACCUUGUCACAAGGAAAUGCCAAGUGACACCUCAAAGGAAAUGCUCUGUUCCCUCUGCCUCAGCCCGGGAUCAGUGACAGCAGCCCCACGCAGAUCAGUGACAGCCUGUGCUGGCAACACCCCGCCGAUUCCACAUCUCCAUUCCUGGGUGUGUCCUGUCAAACAAGGGCCAAGACAAACUGUGCAGCAUUUAUUUUCUUCAUGCAGAAAUUUUCCAAGCUGUUGAUCUGUAAUGUAACUUCCUACAGUAAAUGUCUUGAUUUUUUCUAAAUGGUCACAUUGUCUGUA